AUGGCGCUUGUUCACGCUCAAUACGGCGGCGGCGGCGGCGCCAUCUACACGCUGCCCAACGAAGAUCCGCCGUCCUCGGACGCGUUGGCGCGUUGGCGCGGCGCGGGAUGUCCGCCGUACCCCUACCGACUUGUCCGUCGCCUCAUCGUUGUGCCCGCCGCGGCGCCGCGUGCCGAUGAGAGCGGCGACGCACCGUCUUUGCCGCAAGCGCAGCGGCUGCAGAAGACGCGGGAGGCGAAUGCGCGGGACCGGCGGCGAAGUGAGCGGUACUCCGGCCUCCUCCGGAGCCACUACGUCCCCCUCGUGCCGUUCUCCACCUUCGCCGGGCCCCGGCAGGAGUCCUGCACCGUCCCCACCACCGCAGAGCACUCGGCGGCGAUCAGGCAGCCGCAGUUUGGCCGGCCGAAGGAGGACUACUUAAUGUGCCGCGGGUUCCACCCCGGGCCCGAGCAGUACGACCGCCGCGGAGGGCCGCGGAUGGGCGCGGCGCCGCGGCAGACGUUGCAGCUCGAGAGAAUGUAUCGCCGCGAGGUGGCGCCCCUGCCGCCGCGCGUCCUUGGCCUCCCCGGCGGCGCGGGCGCCCUCUUCCCCAUCUAA